AUGCUUUGGGAAAACCCCGGUCCCCAACAACCCGCCCAGGUCACCUGGGAUCUGAAAGAGCCCCUGAGAGUCAGAUGGUCUCAUGUCUCUGGCGAAGAGAACAAAGUCUUCUCCAUCUACCUCACCAACCGAGUGGACUUCCCUCCCGCGACGGAACUAGUUCUCCGCUAUGUGAGAAUGGGCGACGAUGAGGUCGUUAUUCCACCUCCGGGACCGAUUUCAAGCCCCCUCAACUGCAACUAUCGUCUCUGGGCCAGUGCUGUGGGAGAUGCCGAGACUAUUUUUGCCGAAACCCCGAAUAUGUGCGUUAAUUGCUGAGACGUGGGCUCUCCAUGGGUAUUCACUGCAGUGAGGGAAGUGUAGUUGAGUUUCUGUUU